AUGUCUCCACCCCGCAAUGCCCAGGGCCUGUAUCAAGUACGCCCAAACAGCACGAGCUCUGCAUCAACCAAAGAACCAACCAUUCACAACAUCUUUGAACCCGCAACGGGAACAUGGCAAUAUAUCGUGGCAGAUCCAUCCGCAAAAGCCGCCAUCAUAAUCGACCCGGUCUUGAACUAUGAGCCAGCCACUCAGGCCAUCACCACGACAGCGGCCGAUGAGUUACUCGCAUUAGUCAAAGAAAAAGGCUACCAAAUUGAACGAAUCCUCGAGACACACGCCCACGCAGAUCAUCUCACUGCAUCUGCAUAUCUCCAGCACCAACUCAAUCAAACGCAAGGGUUUAAGCCACCGAUAGGAAUCGGCAAACGCAUCGCGCAGGUUCAGAAUCUCUUCGGUCUGCGAUACCACAUCGGCAAAGAGGAAUACGAGCAAGUCUUCGACCACCUUUUCGAUGACGAUGAAAAGCUCACCAUUGGCGGGCUCACAGCUACAGCUCUACAUCUUCCGGGUCAUACCCCAGAUCACCUUGGCUAUCAAAUCGGAGAAAACAUUUUCUGCGGCGACUCCCUCUUUCACAUAGACAUCGGCACAGCACGCUGCGACUUCCCCGGCGGCGACGCAAAGAAUCUCUACAACUCCGCUCGCAGGUUACUAGAGUUCGACGAAAGUGUCAAAAUCUGGCCAGGGCACGACUACCCCCGCCCGACCGAGACCCUGUGGCAUUUAUGA